CCAAACCUGUCGGGCCGGUUUGCAGAGCCACGGGGACUGAGGGAAGAAGGCUACAGAAGGAUGCACGGCCUGCCCCGUGCUGGUCCGAACUGUCCGCACUGUCUGCCGUCUGAGCCUGUGCUUCCCACCGGUCCGAACUCAUGACGCGCACGCUCGAUCUCAUGGUGCCUCUGCUGGGCCUAAGCCUGGAACUGGCCCUGAGCCUGCCCCGAGCUGUGGCAGCCGACUGCGGGUCCCUCGGGCGCGUGGAGCACCUGGCAUUCGCUCCGGUGCCCGGGACAGAACCGACAGCCCCUCGUGUCCGCACGCCGGGGCCCCUGGACUCCCUCUAUGGCACCGUGAGACGAUUCCUCUCCGUGGUUCAGCUUAACCCCUUCCCGGCAGAGUUGAUAAAGACCCUGCUAAAUGAUCCAUCUUCUGUGAAGACAGAUGAGGUGGUCCGGUAUGAGGCGGGCUACGUGGUGUGCGCUGUGAUUGCUGGCCUCUACCUCCUAUUGGUACCCAUCACUGGGCUCUGCUUCUGUUGUUGCCGAUGCCGCCGGCGCUGCGGGGGCAGGGUGAAGACGGAGCACAAGGCCAUGGCCUGUGAACGUGGCACCCUCAUGACCUUCCUGCUGCUGACCACCCUCAUGCUUCUGAUCGGUAUGGUCUGUGCUUUUGCUACUAACCAGUUCACACACAGUCAGACGGGCCCCAGUGUGGAAGCGGUCCCCGAGACCCUGCUCAGCCUAAGAGGCUUGGUCUCUGACGUUCCUAAAGAGCUGCAGGCCGUGGCUGAUCAGUUCUCCUUGCCUCAGAAGCAAGUCUCAAAGGAUCUGGAUGGUUUCGGUGAGAACCUUGGGAAUAUAAUUCAUAACCAACUCAAGAGCACGGUGUACCCAGUGCUAGCCUCAGUGCACGGCCUGGGCCAGGCCCUGCAGGUCUCCAUAGACCAACUUCAAAGCGUGAACGCCACUUCAGUGGAGCUGCAGGAGGGGCAGCAGCACCUGGGACCACCUGUGCAGGCACACCGGGAGCGCCUGCUCGCCCUGCUUCAGGAGAGCUGGUGCCACGAGAACUGCAAGGAGGCCCUGAGCCAGGCCAGUGCUCUGCAACUGGGUGCUGACUUUAGCCAGAUGCCCCCUGUGGAUGACGUCCUGCAUCGGCUGCAGGGUGUCCCAGAGGCCAACUUCUCCAGCAUGGUCCAGGAGAAGAACGCCACCUUCAAUAACCUCCCUAUCCUGGUUCAUAUGCAGACGGUCAGUGUGGUCAAAGAUCUGAAAAAGGCACUGGCUGAGCAGCCUGAAGGUGUGAAGAUGCUGGCCCAAGCGUUCCCAGGUUCAGAGGCAACUUCCCGCUGGAGCCAGGCGCUGGAGGGGCUGGAGCAGCGCAGCCGCCCCUACUUACAGGAUGUGCAGCGAUAUGAGACAUACAGGUGGAUUUUGGGAUGCGUGCUGUGCUCUGCCAUCCUGCUUGUGGUGAUCUGUAACCUGCUGGGCCUCAGCCUAGGCAUCUGGGGGUUGUUUGCCAGGGAGGACCCCAGCCACUCUGAAACCAAGGGCGAGGCUGGAGCCCGCUUCCUCAUGGCAGGUGUGGCCUUCAGCUGCCUCUUUGCAGCCCCCCUCAUCCUCCUUGUCUUCGCCACUUUCCUGGUGGGUGGCAACGUGCAGACGCUGGUGUGCCGGAGCUGGGAGAGUGGAGAGCUGUACGAGUUUGUGGACACCCCGGGGAACCUGCCCCCAUCCAUGAACCUGUCCUACCUUCUUGGCCUGAGGAAGAACAUCAGCGUCCUCCAGGCCUAUCGACAGUGUAAGGCAGGGGCAGCACUCUGGAAGGUUCUACAGCUCAAUGACUCCUAUGACCUGGAUAAGCACCUGGAUAUCAAACAGUAUACCCAUAAGCUUCAGCAGGAGCUUCAAAGCUUCAAAGUAGAUCCGAAGGAUCUAGACCUGUUGAGUCCUGCUGCCCGCCAGGACCUGAAGGCUUUGCAGAGUAGCGGACUGGAGAAAAUCCACUACAGAGACUUCCUUGUACAGAUCCAGAAGCCUGUGGUGAAGACUGACAUGGGGCAGCUGGCGAAGGAGCUGGAAGGACUGGCCCAGGCCCAAAAUGAAUCUUUACGGAGGCAGCAGCUACAGGAGGAGGCCAGAGAACUUCGAAGCCUCUACCAGGAGAAGGUUGUCCCCCAGGAGAACCUUGUGGCCAAGCUCAACCCCAGCAUCAGGGCCUUGGAGUCCUUAGCCCCAAAUCUGCAGGUGGAUACCUCAAACGUUCUUGACAGAGUCGACCGUCUAAAAGGAGAGCUGCCUGCUCAGCUCAACCACAUCCUGGGGAAUGCCACUGAGUGUUUCCAAACCAAGGAAAUGGGCUACUUCUUUCAGUAUGUGACCUGGGUGAGGGAAGAGGUGACUCAGCACAUCGCCACCUGCCAGCCCUUCUCUAAAGCCCUGGACGAUGGUCACAUGAUCCUGUGUGACAUGAUGGCCAACCCCUGGAAUGCCUUCUGGUUCUGCCUGGGCUGGUGCACCUUCUUCCUCAUCCCCAGCAUCAUCUUCGCGGUCAAGACCUCCAAGUACUUCCGUCCCAUCCGGAAACGGCUCAGCUCCACCAGCUCUGAAGAGACACAGCUCUUCCAUAUCCCCAGGGUCACCUCCCUGAAGCUAUAGAACCCACCGGGCAAGGUGACACCUGGGGGUUUCCUGUCCUUCUUCCUUGUCUCAGCCUGGACCAGACGACAUCUGUAACCUCUGCUCCAGAGCCCAG